GUAAAAUCCUGCCAUGGCAGCAAGAAAAGCUUUUCCUCUUGAUCCCGGCUUUAGUCUGAGUGUGGAAGAAGGCUCCCACCUUACUUAAAAAUGCAAGUUUGUGCAACAAGAAGAACAAAGCGGAAAAGUGAAGGUCAGACAAGCAAAAUACUACUGUCUCUCACACCGUUGGAGAGAGCUGCUCUCAAGGAAGGAAUAAAUUUUGUAAGGAACAAAACAGAUGGAAAGAGUUACAUCUUGUACAAGGAUGCAGACAGUGUGCGAGCAUGCAAGAACAUGUGCAAGCACCAAGGAGGGGUGUUUAUUGCAGAUAUUGAAGAUCUAUCAGGAAAAUGUGUACGUUGCACUAAGCAUAACUGGAGGCUGGAUGUGAGCACAAUGAAAUACGUUAACCCUCCAGACAGCUUCAAUCAAGAUGAACUAGUUGUUGAGACAGACACAGAUAAUGGAUUGGUGGUAGUGGAACUACAUCCCCCAAAUCCAUGGGAUUCAGACCCCAGGCAGCCAGAAGAGUUGGCUUAUGGAGAGGUACAGGUAACUUAUCUAACUCAUGCAUGUAUGGAGCUUGUACUUGGAGGAAAAAGAUUUAUAUUUGAUCCAUGGCUAACUGGUCCAGCUUUUGCACGUGGCUGGUGGCUACUUCAUGAACCACCCUGUGAUUGGAUGGAAAGGCUUUGUCGUGCAGAUCUCAUCUACAUCAGCCACAUGCAUUCUGAUCAUCUCAGUUACCCUACAUUGAAGAAACUGGCUGAACGGAGGCCAGAUGUGCCCAUUUAUGUUGGAAACACGGAACGGCCUGUUUUCUGGUACCUUGACCAGAGCGGUGUAAAGCUGACCAAUAUUAAUAUUGUUCCUUUUGGAGUUUGGCAAUACGUGGACCAGAAUCUUAGAUUCAUGAUACUGAUGGAUGGUGUUCAUCCAGAAAUGGAUACUUGCAUAAUUGUUGAAUAUAAAGGACAUAAAAUCCUAAACACGGUGGACUGCACCAGGCCUAAUGGUGGAAAGCUACCUGAGAAAGUAGACCUUAUGAUGGGUGACUUUGCAGGAGGAGCCUCAGGAUUCCCAAUGACGUUCAGCGGGGGGAAAUUCACUGAGGUAUGGAAAGCCGAGUUUAUUAAAACUGAAAGAAGGAAAUUGCUGAAUUACAAAGCCCAGCUGGUUACCGAUCUAAAGCCAAAAGUCUAUUGUCCUUUUGCGGGAUAUUUUGUUGAAGCUCAUACUUCUGACAGUUAUAUCAAGGAAACCAACCUCAAAAAUGACCCAGACGAAUUGAACAGAUUAAUAAAAAAGAAAUGUAGUGAUAUUUUUACAUGGACACCUAAACCAGGAGUUACUUUGGAUUUAGCAAAGAUUCUCAAAGACCCCACUGACAGCAAUGGAAUUAUGAACCCUCCUGCAGGGACAAAAGUUUUCAAAGAGAAAUGGGACUUUAAACCAUACAUUGAUUAUCUCAGUGCUGCCAUAGAUGAUGAGAUAUUUUGCUACCCUUCCUGGGUGAAAGAAUAUUAUGUGUGGGCUGGAUUUAAAGGCUAUAACCUUGUCAUAAGGGUGAUAGAAACUGAUGAUGAUUUCAAUCCUUUGCCUGGAGGCUACAACUAUUUGGUGGAUUUUUUGGACUUAACAUUCCCAGGAAAGAGACCAAACCGUGACUCUCCAUAUGAGGAAAUCAAAGCCCGAGUCAGUGUCAUGAGGCAUGUAGUGAAGCACGGAUUGCUUUGGGAUGAUCUGUAUAUAGGAUUCCAAACUCGGCUUCAACGUGACCCUGACAUAUAUCAUCAUCAGUUUUGGAAUCAUUUCCAAAUAAAACUACCUCUGACACCACCUGACUGGAAGUCUUUCUUGGUGCAGCACAAGAGAAUCUGAACUAAAAAUGACAAGGAGUGUUGGUGAUUUAAAAACAAAACAAAACACAGUCUACUAAAGUUUAAUUUGUUCUUGUAUUCUUUGUGGGAAUGUACAUUCAAUAUAUAUUCUGUCGUAGUUAUAAAAUAAUUGAUAUAUUUUCCAAUAAUAAUAAUUUAGGACACAGAAGAAGAGAACAUAUACAGUGGGCCCUUCCUUUAUGCAGGAUAUCCGUUCCAGACCUCCUCCUCCGGCGUAAGGGAAAUAAUGCGUAUACUGGAGCCCCAUUAAAAAUAACGGGGGCUCAUGCCCAUGGCACAGCGUAGCAUGCGUGCCAUGAGCGCACACCCCAUUACUUCUUCCGGGGCAUGCCGCAUAUGUUGCACCCAUGUAUGAUGUGGGCGCACUGUAUAGGCUUGUCAGAGUAAAAAUUGGAGAGGGCUCCUGUACCCUUUAAUGGCUGUACAGAAGAGGGGAUUUCAGCCGGUAUUCCUUUUUACCUGGUAGCAUGAUCAAAAAUAAAACAUUAGUUGAAAUUCCCUGUUUCUGCAUGGCAGAGAAUUGGAUUGGAUGGUCCUUAUGGUUUCUUCCAGUUAUACGAUUCUCUAACCAUUAAGGCUAUAGAAGCUCACACCAGUUUUCAUUUUGGCAGCCCUAUUUAGUUAUCAGUUUUUCUAUUAGUACUAUCUAAAAGGAUGGGUUCUGUAUCCAAUGAAAAGAGAGUACUGUCUAUGACGUCAAUAUCUAUGUGCCUCUUAUUUUUUGUUAUCCUAUAUAACCUGGUAACUAUCUUUGCCCAUAUGAAGAAUUCAGAUUUCAUGACGGUUGUCUGUUUUCAUUGCUUCCUGUGGUAGAUAUUAAUAUUAUGGAAAUGUUAAAAUCAGCUAGUUAUUUUAAUGAAAUUUAAUUUAAUGCAGUUAAAGGCAACCAGUUUAGUAGUAUGGCUCGUGGUUUCAAUUAAACAGGGCUUCAGAUCAGUCUCUCUUGCACUGUUGAAAGCAAACAAAAUACAUGGCAGUCAGUAACUAUUUACAAGCAUAUUUAUCAGAGUCCUUAUCAGGUAAGCUUAAACGUUUAGAAGAUAAAUGUUCUGUUUCUGCUAGGCCUACCAUAGAGACAAGCAGACUCAGAAGGUCAGUUCUGCCAUCACAAUAGAAUGACUUAAUGCAUUACAAUUGCUACUGAAGCAAAAACUGGGGGAAAUGAAAUUAUAAUAAGGCAGUUAGAUGUUACAAGACUAUCUUUAUUUAUUUUACAAAUCAGCUAUUCAAGUUUAAUCAUGUCAUUCAUUAUUGCUCAGCUGCUGGAAUAACCAAAGUGUUAUUAUUUCCAGUUUAUACAGGUAUAUACAAAUGCAUAUUGGUAGGAUUAGUGUGAUCACAUUGUUUUUGAAAUCAACCUAAGUAUGAUUUAUAUAAUGGUCACUGAUUUUGUAAAAAAAAAAUAUUGGAGUCAGUAAGUAUUGUGCAUAAUGAUGGAAGGAUGGAAGAGUCCUCUGCAUAUUCUGUCUUGAGAAACUUUGUUUAAUUCAUUUACCUUUUUUGAUGUCAAAGACCACAGAGUUAUCUAAAAUAACCAAACAUUAAA